GUUCUCUGGAAUACAGGUGGAGCUCGGACACGGUAGAAGGACGAAUACUGAUCAGUUAAAAGAUUUUUGCGUAAAACUAAUUUCGUUUAUAUUAACAAGAACUCAUCACGAACAAAGGACGCGGUAUUUAAGUCUCGAAAUUCAAAGUGUGAUGGGGUUAUGGAGGCUGGUGUGGAUUCUGUGCAUGAUGCCGGUGUUUGUUCAUGGAGAAAUAUCGGUAAACUUUAAAACCGGGCGGCCCCUCUACGUGGCGCUUGGAAAAACCCUGGUUUUGGAGGCCGUAUUUCAGAAGAACCCAGAGGAUAAGAUAGACAUGGUGACGUGGGACCACGAGAGAGAAAAGGAGAAUAUCAGAAUAUCAGGGACUGUUCAUGACAAAAGGAUAUCUUUGGAGAAGGAUAAUGCACUUCUGCGGAUAACAAAUAUUUCGAGAGGUGACUUUGGCACCUACAAAGUUACAGUAACAGACAGUAAUGGAGACCAGCAGCACGACUCCAUAGAAGUGCGAAUGAUGGAGCAACCUCUGAAGGUGUCCAUUGUAAACCUGUUGGAGUGUUUUGUGGAUACAAAUGACGUUGCGCAGUGGGAUACCCCUCAGUUCUUGUGGUUUGUUGAUGGCGUUGAGGUAACCACUCAAACUGCCCUGUUAGCAAAUGGCAGAAGACUAAACAUCUCACAGGUCAAAGGAGAUAACUACACCUGCAUCACCCACAGCAGUCUUGGAACAGUGACUACACAUUAUGAGACAUCAAAAGAAACUCAGACUUCUUCCAGCUAUUUGCCAUGUUGUAAGGGACUGAUUGCAGCUGGAGUUGCAUUAGCAUUGCUUUUUGUAGCUUGUGUACUUUUCAUGAUGAGAAGCAGAAAACGGCAUUUGUACGUACCUACAGAUGUGGAGGUGGCCGUGCCUAAUUGAGUCCUCAUGUUACACUCACAGAGCAGAUUUUAUUUUAUUUCAAUUAUUCUUUUAUUUUUACUUGUAAAUAUGUAAAAAAAAAAAUAAUAAUAAUAAUUUAUUGUGAUGGUUAUUUAUUUAGAUUUUUAUGUUGGUGCUGCAUUACAGUGAUCCUCUCAACUGAUUUGGUUUUACUUUAUCUUCUAUUAGAAAGGCCUGGACAGUGAUUCUACUUAAAAUUAGAGCAUUUCUUUUAAAAUGACAGAAUGUGAUUUGAGAAAAUGUUUUUUUUGUUUUUUGCCUUAUGCUUUUUUUUGGUUUACAACAUAAGUUAUAGUCUUAAAAGAACUGUAUAUUUUGUGAAAGACUUAUAUUUCUUCCUCAGUUGUUCUUCUGUCAGCCUGCUAUGUAAUCAUAUUUUGACACUGGUGUUCAAGUGUCCAAAGAAAAUAAAAGUUUAAAAACUGAUAUUGAGAGUGUGAUUCAUACCAGAAAGGG